AUGCCUCCAGAUAUGAAUUGGGUGUGGUGGGUUGCCCCACAAGCCCAAACAGCGCAUCUCUACGAGGACAGCCGCGCAAAGCGUCCGCAAACUUCAACUCCAACGCCACAGUGGCAGACAACAACCUACUACAAUACGGACCUACGCCCCCCGCCUCCGCCAACGCGCCUGCCCUCCGUACACCCUCAGGAAGACGGCCGCGCCAUAAGCCCACCCCAAAAUUUCCAGACACCGAGCCGCCAGAACGAGACGAGAUACCACACCCUAGACGCUUCCCAUGCCUCCCCAUCACCGGCGCCAGAGGCGAAGCCUUAUUUGAAGGAUAUACCAUCUAAGCUCCUCGGCCCCAAUAUGUAUCCCAGCUUUCAACUGUAUCUACCUCGGCUUGAGCAUGGUAUGGCCAAGUUGCAGAACAUAGUUGGUCUGCGGCGUGCAUCGGAGUUGGACCCAGGAUAUCCCGUUGUCCGGCCGAGCAGGUGUGUGAAAGACGGUGCUAUUAAUGGCAUGCUUGAGCAGCUCCUGCACAAGCCGAGUGGCCAACGCGCCGGCGCGCGAUACGAGCAGCGAGACGGUAUCCACAACCUUGAAAUCGAAUUCGACAAGACGAAUGUGCAGGCAGUCAACCAACGCUGUGUGGAUACUUUCAAGAACCCUCAGCCGGGAAAACCGGGAGUCCUUGCUCUACGUGUAAUACUCGAUCGCAUCGGAGACAUUGGCUUUAGGGUACCGGAUGAGGUGCGACGAUGGAGGCCACAAAAAUGGGCUGCCCCUCAGCCCCUAGAUGCCAAUUUUUCCUUCGAAGGCACCGGCGUCGAUAUACAUGUUAAUAGCGCGCAGAUCGUGCAGGCUGCAAACUUCGGGCUUAAACUUCGGCUUUUCUGGCCACCAACUCCAGCUAAUACCACUGCGUUCCUCAAAUGCUCCACACCUCUGAAUGCCGUCACGGACCUUCUUGGGAAGCUCGAUGAAGGAUAUUACUUUGCUACUCGCACGGGAAACGCUAUAUAUAUCUCGGAAGGCUGGCUUCAUGCCACGUAUGCACUGGAAAGCAGCAUCGUGGUGGGUAGUACUUGGAGUACUACUGAAGGGCUGGAGCUUGCCGCUCGAUUUACAGCCUGUAAGGUCGGCCAAACCCAGGCAUAUAUCCAAGAGGUAGUGGUACUGGCGCAAUGCCUUCUGAUGGCGCUAGGGAUCUGGGACGGGAAGGGCGCAAUGCCGGAACCCGCCACUACAAAAAACACCAAACGUACUUCGAGCCGCAGUGCAGCAUCCAAGGCCAAGCGAAGGAAAACCAACAGAGCAGCCAACACCCAACAGGAGAAGCUGGAGGGGGAGGGACCGCCACAGCGAAAAGAGGAGGUUAGGCAGGCUCUGCAACUGAUAUGUCCCAGGGUCAUCAGCUCACAACAGGGCAUAUCCAAAUUAGGCCAGCUGAAUCGGCUUACCGGAGACCCGACCACCCUGAAGACGGUGGAGAGCCUCUUCCAGCUGAUCAGGGAGCGACUGGAGGGGGAUAGAUACCACGAGAACUGCAAGCACCGCGGCAAGGACUUGCUCACGCAUGUUCCCUAG